AUGGGCAUACUUGACAAGACUGGCAGUGAUGCUGACAAUUUGCCAAGGACUUACAAUUCAAUGUAUCCUCCACAACUCCAACAAUAUCAACCAUACAAUCCACCCACUGUCCACAAUGAUGGUAAUCCAUUCAUGGAUGAACCAAUCAUGCCAUCACAACAACAACAACAGCCACAAUAUACCUUGCAUACCACUACCACAUCAACUUCCACCUCCUCGUCGGCACCAAACUACGACUACAACAACUACAAUGGCAACACCUAUAACAAAUCAAACAACACCAAGAAAGAAGGCAAAGAAUCACUCCUGAACCAAGACUUCCUCAUGGAUACCGUCCCCGUCAUGCAGCCAAUGCAGCCAACAAUGAUUCCCAUGCAGCCAAUGCAACCCAUGCAGCCAAUGCAACCCUUGAAGCCAAUAUCCAUCGACACUGACAACAACAAUAACCAAGAGGUUGGCAAAUUCCCAGAGAAGCCAAAGUACCAGGACGUGCUGUUUGCAAUCUUGUUCGUGAUCAAUGUGUUGGCCGUCAUCGCCAUCUUGGUUGGGUUGUCCUUCAAGAACAGGUCAUUUCACGCGCAUGGUGCUUCAUUCAUCACAAUCUUCCUCUACUUCCUCGCUGCGCCAAUCAGCAGUGCCAUCGUCUCCGUCAUAUUUGUGUUCUGCUGGUACCGCAUUGCUGGCCGUCAUCCCAAGCAACUGAUGGAGGGCAGGGGCAAUGUUGGCAUGCCAGCCGACCCCAUGAAGGACUCGUUCAAGCGUGCCAUGACCACGUCAUUCGGUUCGAUCUGUUUUGGCUCUUUGGUCAUCGCCAUCGUUUCCACGGUGCGCGACUGGACUGCCAACCUGGGAAGCAACUCCAACAACCCAGUCGUCCGCGCACUCAGCUGUGUCCUCACCUGCUUCCUGAACUGUGUCAAGAGGGCCCUUCAGCUGUUCAACGCCUACGCCUUCACCCAGGUGGCCAUCUACGGCAAGUCAUAUUGCCACUCGGCCAGAGACACCGUGGAGCUUGCCAAGAGCCGUGGUAUCGACCUGCUCGUCAACGACCGAUUCAUCAGAGUGACCACAUUCAUUGCCAGUGUCAUGGGCGGUCUCAUUGGAGGAGGCAUCGGCUCCUUGAUCUGGGCCGUCAUGACUGAUGGACUGGGAUCAGGCUUUAUCUUGCCCUUCAUCUACACGUUCACCUACAUCUCAGUAGCCCUGGAGAAUGUCUACUCAGGUGUCAUUACUACCUUUGUCUGCUACGUCAUGGAGCCCGAGAUCCUGCGUCAGAACCAACCCGAACUCUAUGCCCACUACACCGAGUCGCUUGUCAACAACAAUCCAAAUGCCAUCAAUAUCAAUUUCUUU